CGAGCCCAGCCCGCCCUUUCCCUAUCCCCAUCCGACCUCUUCACCAGGCGCGUUUCCAGGAAGGUCAACACGCCUACUACGCCUAGACAGUCGAAGAACUCGGCCGCCACCUUCCCUCAUUCCAAGCAACGAUCAUCACCUCGGACGCCCAAAUUUGCAGGUAUUAAAGUGUGUGAAAGGCCCAUUGACAGUGCCAACAUGGCGUCCCUCUUUGCCGCUCAUCUCGACUAUCUUCAUGCCAAAAUCCAUAUCGAGUUCUGCAAUGACGCGCAAGUUGACAUGAUUGGUGGAUACAAUACUGGCUCGAGCUAUUCCUUACCUGAUCAUAUAAUGUUGUCACUCCCAGCCUUGCCAGAGAAUCUUCGAGGUCGACUUCGAGAGAUUCAGCAGCUUGAGAUCCUUGUCGAAGGGAAAGCAGAGUACUUUGACCAAGAAGGUCGAUACACCCCGUUCAGACUUUUCCGAGAGACCAUCGACCUCAGUGGUGAGACCACAAGGCACCAGAUCCCAUCCGAAGAUCCGAACAACGCCCAGUCUCGCCAGAUCACCGUCGCUAUUCCUUUCGACCUUCGUCUUCCGGGAUGGCUUCCUGCUUCUCAGGCCCUAGACCUUACCGCCACGAGCUACGGAGUCAUGGCGAAGGCGAGGCUCGGGUGGACCUCGCCGUUCAUGAUGGUGCCUCGAAAGAGUUCCAGUAAUCGGUCACUCGCAUCGUAUCACACAACCUACCUCUCGAGCGAGUUCACUCGCUUCUCCAUCCAAAGACACCGACGUCUUGGCCCCGUGGCCGGGCUCGCGCCCGAGCGACAGGAGCGCCACUUCGCGCUCAAACCCGAGACGAAGGAUUUCGACUCACCUGUGGAGUGCGUGGUAACUGUACCAGAUUGGGUCGAUGUAAACGGCGAAGAAAAGUCUCUCAAAGUAAGCCUGAGGUUGCGUGCUAAGCGACCGGCGGCGAUACCGGAGACUUCGACACCUCGUCAGAGAUCCACAACACCCUCAGAAGGCUCGGACGAGAUCGACAUGUUGGGUUCUGUAACUGAACUUGACCCGCCAGAGUCAGACGAGCCUACCAGGGAUCGGUCUGAUUCGAUCGAUAAGGCUGCUCUGGAGGAUCCCAUCUACACCAAGGUCGUUGAAUUGGGCAUGGAGGUGGAGGAAUCUGAGAGAUACAGUUCUGCGAUCGCCCCGACCUUUCUCACUGCUUUCCCAAUCCCUGUGGCCCAGCCUUCGCAAGACGGUUCAGAACACCCGUUAAUCGAACCUGCACCUCAGGCAUAUCUGGCGCGGACAGGAGAAAAUCCAGACCUUGAACGAUUUCGAGGUGAACGGUUGAGACCAUGCCUUCUAGCGGACGAUGGUAGUCAACGCAAUUUCUGGUUUGCUGGUGAAGGCCUGGAGCUUGGUGACAAGUGGCGAAAAAUCAACAUUGUUUUGCCAAUGCCUGCUGAGAGCAGAUCUUCGAAGAGCACAAGACCCAAAGCAGACCACGAUGGACCAUUCAUGAGGAUCAAGCACAGCCUCAAGAUUCGAGUGGUGUGCAAAAAUGUUGAUUCGGAUGGGAAGGCUGUAUCUGUGAUACUCUCAACUCCCAUUCGAUUCGGAACAUCGUUGCUUACUCUUCCCCGGGCAUCGUCUACCACCCAGCCGUCUCUGCCCGCAUACGUCCAGCUCUUCCACGAAAACGGGGAUCUUCGUCAAUGCGACCCCCUGCCACUCUACUCUGGUCCUAUCCAGGUGGCAGCUCCAGUGAUCUCAAGCCACGCACCUCCCUCGCCAUCUUCAACGCCUCACCGUAUAUCUUCAUCCAAGGAAUGCCUCUCGUCUUCGCCAUUCCCCAUACCUUCGUACGACUCCCUCUUCCCCCGUUCGCGUGCCCAAUCGCCUCUCACAUCAGACUUUGGCUCGAGUCUUGCCGAUGCAGGACAAAGUCAUCGACGCGUCCGAGCCGACUCGCCCUCGGGAUCUUCGGGCUAUCGCGAGGAUGUCGAAUCCAAGUACUCAUCAUCUGCACCCACACUGCCCAAUACCGUGUCAUCCUUUUCUUCUGGCCUUCAUUAGCUCCUGCAAACACUGUCACGACCUCAUACAAGCGUAUUGCCCACGCCUAGGCACAUCACGCCUCAGGACAAAUGUGUUCACCACUGAUAAUACUGUCUCUUGGAACGAACCCUGUACAUGAUAGAGCAUUGCGUUUGUCUGCACACGACCUGUGUAUCACCACAUACCCAUAGCCAUCUGAUCACAUCUGUUAUGCAUUCGUGUCGCUCUUGAU